UCUACCGACAGCGUUCUAGUAAGCAAAUAACUAUCAAGAAACACCAUGUUUGUGCCGAUCCUCCUGGCAACGGUCUGCCUUGCCAGUAGCACGGUCUUGGCUACUAUUGACAAGCCAUUCUACGAUUUGCAGGAUGCUGAAAACUUGUUCAAGGAAUUUGUUCAAGAGCAUAAGAAAGUAUACAACCGCAAAGAGUAUUAUGAAAGGCUUGAGAUUUUCAAGGAGAACUUAAUAGAUAUAAAUGAGCGUAAUGCCAUGUUUCCUGAAACUGUGUUUGCAGUUAAUCAUUUUUCUGAUCUUAAGCCUAAAGAACUUGAUAUCUACUUUGGUUCUAUGCCUACGAAUGAAACGACACAUAAAAUUGAAGUACCCAGUGAGCUCGAUCCUAUGCCCUAUAAUUUUGACUGGAGGACUAAACAUGCGGUCUCACAUGUGAAAGAUCAAGGAAAAUGUGGCAGCGCCUAUAUCUUCAGUGCUAUCGGAGCUAUUGAAGGUCGGUACGCUGUUAAACAUAAACAAUGCUUCGCCCUUUCUGAAGGACAGGUUCUCGAUUGUCUCAAUUCUACAAGUUGCAGUGAAGGGUCGCCGUCUACUGUACUCGUGGAAUUAUAUAAAAAAAAGUUUCGGAUAGAGAAAGAAGAAGACUAUCCAUAUGUACCACAAAAACAAGCGUGUAAAAAACACAAUGGGAAAGGAAAAGUUCAGGUGACCGACGGUGUACUGCAGGUGAUAACUAAUGCAGAUAUCGGAUUGAUGACUGGUCUACUUUAUAUGGGUCCUCUGUCUGUUGGUAUACACCCCAGCGACUUUAUUUCCUACAAGGGAGGUAUAAUAACACCUAAUAAGUGUAAAGGCGAGGAUAAAUACAUUUCUUUGCUUUUGGUGGGGUAUGGAGUAGAAAAAGGCAAACAAUACUGGAUACUCAAGCACUCCUGGGGAGAACAAUACGGAGAAAAAGGCUACUCGAGAAUGUAUCAAGAAGACAACGCUUGUGGCAUUUUCGACCAUGUCUACACAGUUGCCUCAGUUCAGUAGAUUUACGACAGUACCUAUAUAAAGCACGGGAGCUCGUAGUAAAUAUCACUAAAUUCACUCAAUACUUCAUCACCGAGAAACGGAUAGAUGGCAGUCCUGUGCGUUUCUCCUGAAACCUUCAGUGCGUUUCUCACACAAAUACCUAUAUCGAAAUUGAAGGAAAAAUCUCGGCAGUUUAGAGGGAGAAGGACCGUGUAACAUUUUGGGUCGACACUUUGACGCCACGAGUGUGAGUUGACUCGGCAGUUCGAAAAGCCUAUUUUACAUCGCUCCUUU